UGUGAUAAGUCCAAGAUUAAAUAGGAAACCUAUUCUUAUUUUUCUUGAAAGUGCUCAACACCGUAAAGUGGAAGCAGAUACUGCUUACCAGUCAGUAAUAGACUAUCGACAUAACUUAUUAUGGGUCUCUCGUUACCGAGGGAUGGUUAAUUCAAUGACAAAAGUUGAUAAGUUUAAAUGCAACAAUGCUGUUGAUUGUAUUUGUACAAUAGAACUUUUCUUUAAUGAAACCCAUUGA